AUGAGAGAAGAGGUGUCCUGCACCAACUCCCCCGAAGGAGGUCUAGGGGCCAGCGAAGAGGAACUGGAAAGAGGAUCGAAGAAGACCCUCCAAACAGGAAAUCGAAAACGUUCCCCUUACCCCAAGAAGGACAGCCUCUGUCAGUCAGAGGAGAGCAGCACCGGCAGCCCCAACAGCCUGCUGCCAUCUGUUCCGAAGAAAGUGAAGAAAAGCCCUUCGACGGUUGUGUCGUUGGCCCCCACGUCGCUGGGCCCCAGGCUGGAUCAACCCUUCGAGGACCUCCACUCUCAGCGCGUCAUCGCCAAUGUGCGGGAGCGUCAACGCACUCAGUCCCUGAAUGAUGCCUUCGCCUCUCUACGCAAAAUCAUCCCCACGCUACCUUCAGACAAGCUGAGCAAGAUCCAGAUCCUGAAGCUGGCCUCACGCUACAUCGACUUCCUCUACCAGGUGCUGCAGAGCGACGAGAUGGACGCCAAGCUGGCCAGCUGCAACUACCUGGCCCAUGAAAGACUGAGCUACGCCUUCUCCGUCUGGAGGAUGGAGGGGGCCUGGGCCAUGUCCGCCAGCCACUAG